GUCGGUUCAGCUAACCAAAUAAAAGACGAUAUAAACCCCUUACGCUUCCUUACUGUCCGACAGUUUCCCACAGAUACAUACCACGCCCCAAUCCUCACCACCUUUUCACGCCCAUUACCAUCCAACAUGUCCCUCCUCACGACCGUCACUAACCUCUUCCCCGCACUCUUCACCAACCCAGCACCAUACCACCUCCUCUGCUACUCCACCCUCCUGGGCACCUCCCUCUACCAAACCUUCGUCAACACCAAAAUCUGCUACAUCUCCCUUCCCCGAUCCGCAUUCACCACUCUCCAGAAACGCCUCUUCCCAGUUUACUUCUGGUGCCAAGCAGCAUUGCUCGUCCUGAGCGCCGUUACCUUCCCUCCGCACGGUCUUGUGUCCCUAGUGCGAUAUAAAACGGACUGGAUUCCGUUCGCCCUCGCAUUAGGUACGGCGGUGUUGAAUCUGGGAGUUUAUGGGGCCCGGACUGCUGUAGCGUUGGUUCAGUGUGUCCAUCAAGAAACGCGUGAUGCAAAGGCCAAGGCCAAUGGGACCUUUGUUGACGCAGGCCAGGGGGUCUCGGUGGAAAUGAAGAAGUUGAGGAGGGCGUUUGCGAGGAAUCAUGCCACGUGUAUCCACCUGAACCUGCUCUCGAUCGGGGCCAUGGUGGUUUAUGGGUGGCGGUUUGCCGGGAGGAUGGCGGUGGAUGCAGAGUAGGGGGUGGCCGUGGCCCGCGGUUUGCACUUGAAUCGCGGCGGACUAGGCUUGUAUCGCUCUAUGGGUACUUUCCUUCGGUUAGUGAAGAGUUUAGCUAGUUCUGCGUAAGCACAACAGGAGAUGGGUUGACGUGAUGUAGUGGGAUCGGGGCAGGGAAGACAAAUGCAUAGAGAGGGAAUUGGAUAGAGAUAGUCAGAGACGGUUUGCGUCUGCUCGCUCCUAGUAAU